UUGAACGUAGUUUGUGCCGGUAAAUCAAGCGACAAUGUUUUGUCCAUUUUGUGGAAACCAUUUUAGCCAGUUAGCCCGCUUUUGUUAUUCUUGUGGGAAAUGUUUAGACUUUUUAAAAGAGGCUCCCCGCACGGAAGACCCAGAUGCACAGCCGACGUCUAAACCACCUGGAAAUGUUAAUCAAAGUACCGAAGAACAACCGUGCCCAUCAUAUAAACAGUUCAUGGACUACAGAAACUUCAAAUCAAAAGAAAGACAGUCCUUUAGCUGUGGGUCAAAGAGACGACUAAAACAAGAACAGAGACAAGUUCAGAUAAACAUAGGAUUGAUGGUGCCAAAUGGAAGUGAUUUAAAACCUGUAAGAGGGAAAACACUCCCAUUAUUUACAGACCCUCUGGUAGCAGCGCCUGAUCUGCUGAAACUAGCUGUCCAGAAAAUGAGAACAUUUAACAAGGACAUGGAUGAAGGGCCAUAUAUACUUUUGUAUCCAGAUUGCUCAGAGGUGGUCAAUGUGCCUGGGACAGAGAGGCCAUUCGUAUUGGCAGAAUAUAAAAAGGAAAUAGGAAAGGCAUAUUGCAGGAUCUCAUUUUUUAUAUGCCUUGAAAAAGACUUUAGAAGAGUGGAUGUUAGCUCAGAAUCAGACUCAGAUUCUGAAAUUUUUGUUACAAGUAGGAGCACAAUUGAAUUCAAUCAGGCUGACACUGUGGUUUUUGAAGACUGCAACCAAAGUACACCCAAACACAAACUAGAAGAUGUAGUAGAUGCAUCCAAACAGUCAUCAACGAUUCAAGCUGGACAGAUAGUAAUAUCUGAUACUGAGGAUACUCUACCUGAAUACAAUGUGACUAAGUCCACCUACUACAGUAAAUAUACACACCUUUAUGCACCAUGUGUUGAAGAAGAGGAUGAAGAGCCAGUUCCUGUAAAUUUGGGGAAUUUAUCAGACACAACCAUAGAAGAGGUAAACAUUACACUACCUGAUGUCAUUGCAAAGCUGUCACAUCAUAUUGAUCAUGGAAGAGUUAGCCGGUUCAACAUUGCAAGGUCAAAUGUCUGGGAUGGAGCAGUCCGAGGUUUCAAGCGUGCAACAUAUUCAGAAACCUGUGAUAUGCUGGUCAGAUUUACUGAUGAUGCUGGUGUUUUUGAGGAUGGAAUUGAUACAGGUGGUCCAAGACGAGAGUUUCUAACUCUACUGAUGAACCAUCUUAAAGACCGACCAAUUUUUGAUGGACCAACAGGACAACGUUACUUAGUCUACAAUGCAAAUGCUCUCCGGGAGGAUGAGUACUUCUUGGCAGGAAAGAUGAUUGCGGUAUCAGUUGUACAUGGAGGCCCAGGUCCGCAUUUCCUCUCGGAAGAUCUUGUACUGUAUCUUGCAGGCCAGCCUUCAUUCAAUGCAACAGUGAAUGAUGUAACUGAAGAAGAAAUAAAGAAAGCUUUGCAAGAGAUUGACUGUGCUGCUUCUGUCGAAGCUUUGCGAGAAUGUACUUUAAAACAUAGCACAAUGUUACAGACAGCUGGUUGUCUGAGAUAUGUGGCUACUCUUGAAGAAAAGAGAACAAUUGUGUCAGACUACCUCCGAUGGUAUAUUAUCGACUGUAACUCAUGUGUAAUUGACAGAUUUAAAAAUGGUCUUUCAGCUCUUCAGUUUUUGACUGCACUGCAGCAGCAUCCUACUUUGAUGAUCCCUGUGCUGUGCCACUCAGAAAAGAAGGUCACUGCUCUUGAACUUGAGGGACUUUUCAAACCUGACCUCAGUCCAUCAGGGAGCAACAGGAGACUCAAAGAAGGACAAACAUUAGGCUACUGGGCUGACUAUCUCCUUGAUUGUGAAGAAGGUCAGGCUGCUGUUUGCGUGGAAGAUGUUUUCAUGUUUGCAACUGGACUAACUUCACUUCCCCCGUCUGGAUUGGAACCACUGCCAAGGAUUGAGUUCCUGGAUGAUUCACCGUUCCCAAUGGCAAACACGUGUUCAAACACAAUGAAAUUACCACUGCUGGAUUCAUACAAGGUGUUUAAAUCACAUAUGGAUUUUGGAAUUCAGAAUUCUCCAGGAUUUGGCUGUUUUUAAAUCAGGGUCCACUAGAUAUGGAUAAGUGUGUGCCUUAAAUCACUGCAGGUAGAGAACCUGCAUCCAUCUGCACUGGUGGACGCACUUUUUUGCACUAUUAUUUAAUUUUGUAAUAAAACUUUGCUGCAUUUGUAUAUUUGAGAUUUUGAAGAAACCACAUGUUUGAUUACUGUUUAUUUAAGCAACAACUGAAGAUGUUUUAAUGUGUUCUUGUUUACAGUAUGUUACAUUUGGACAGUUUCAUCAUAUCCUGAGAUCUGAAAGAGAGAUUUCCUGGUAAUAAAGCCAAACCAAGACUACUUGAAAUUAAAUAUUUAUUUUUGAUACUUAAAUAAUAGUGUAAUAAAUAUUUUAUACUUUUGC